AUGUCCAGCAACGACGACGUGUUGACCAAGUCGGUCUUGCCCGAGAAUGAGUUGAAGAACGGCGACAUGAAGACGGUCGAGUUUGGAGACGGCAAAGUACUCGUGUCAAAGAUUAAGGGCCAGCUGUAUGCCACAUCCGCCUUCUGUACCCAUUAUGGCGCCCCCCUUGAAAAGGGUGUACUCUCGCACGACGGCCGCGUCGUUUGCCCAUGGCACGGCGCGUGCUUCAACGUAUGCACCGGCGACGUCGAAGAUGCCCCCGGCCUCGACUCUCUCUGGUCGUUCACGGCAACUACCAAAGACGGCCAGAUCGUCGUCAGUGCGUCAAAGAAGGAGGUUGCCUCCAAGGUCGGCAGGGUCAUCACCAAGAAGGGGACCAAGCAGGUCAGUCCAAAGGGCAGCAAGUCGGAAGAGACUGUGGUCAUUGUUGGAGGUGGAUCUGGUGCUAUUCAUGCUAUUGAGAGUCUCAGGAUUAACGGAUUCGUCGGCAAGAUUGUCGUCAUUUCGGAAGAGAACCAUGCUCCUAUCGACAGGACAAAGAUGUCCAAGGGUCUUGUUGACGACGCCGACAAGCUUCAAUGGCGCAAGCCAGACGAGCUGAAGGAUGCAUUUGGCGUCGAUUUCUACCCCGGCACGGCAAUCAACCUGGACACCCAGACCGUGUCCACCUCUUCCGGAUCGAACGUAAAAUACGACCACCUCAUCCUCUCCCCCGGAGGCACACCCCGCAAGAUCCCCAUCCCCGGCGCCGACCUCUCUGGCGUGCUCACCCUCCGCCAUGUACCCGACACCAAAGCCAUCACUUCUUCCCUCACUGAGGAUUCUGAGGUCGUCUUGAUCGGGACGAGCUUUAUCUCUAUGGAAGCCGCCGUGGCGAUUGUGGGCAAGAAGCCAAAGAGCGUUACGCUGGUGGGCAUGGACGAGGUGCCUUUUGAAAAGCUGAUGGGAAAAGAAUUUGGCCAGGCAAUUAUGGAGGGCAUGAAGAGUCAGGGAAUCAAAUUCCACAUGAAGGCCAAGAUUGAAAAGAUCACCCCUUCUGAAUCUGAUCCCUCGCAUGUCGGCGCAGUGCACGUGGAGGGGUUGGACCCGAUCCCUGCCAACCUCGUCAUCAUGGGCACCGGAGUCGCACCUGCCACCUCCUUCCUCAAGGACACGCUCAAGCUGGAAGAAGACGGGGGGGUCAAGGUUGACGAGUAUUUGAGAGUGCCGGGGCAUGAGAAUGUGUAUGCUAUUGGCGAUAUUGCGCAUUAUGUGCAGUAUCCUGCCAAGUUUCCGAGGAGGGUUGAGCACUGGAAUGUUGCUGGUAACCACGCAAGUCGACUCGCACAUACCAUCACCCACCCCGAAAGCCCGGUGGCAUACACCAAAGUCCCCAUCUUCUGGUCUUCCAUCGGCAAGGGGCUUCGUUACCUGGGCACCGGUGCGGGUUUCGACGAUCAGUAUGUUGACGGCAGCUUCAAGGAUCUAAAGUUUGCAGUGUAUCAAGCCAAGGAGGGCAAGGUCACUGCUAUCGCUACGAUGCAGCGCGAUCCGAUCGUGGCCAAAGCUUCCGAGCUCAUGCGCCUCGACAUUAUGCCUUCUAUUGAUGAUAUUAGGAACGGCAAGAAUAUCCUGGAGAUUGAUUUGGCCGAAAAGUCGGUUUGA